ACUCUUUGCUGAGCUAAUUCCCCUGAAUGACCAGCAGAAACCACAUUGGUAUAACAAUCACUCCCUUGGGAAUGUGUUGAAACUGGUCAUCAUUAUCAGCCUUGUCUUUGAACUCGCAGUCGCCCAAACAGGCACAGAUCCAUGCACAACAUAUAGACCUUUCCCUGAUCCUGAGCGCCGUGGUAUUAACUACACACUAAGUGAUGGAGAAACCAGCAUUGAUGACAAUGAGUUAACUGCAGGGUGGUAUGGGGACAUGAGGUACACUUUAGUGUCUGGUGCAUCCCCUGGCUUCUACAGAUGUGGAGGAUGGUACCCAAUGUACAUACAAGGGACAGCCAUCACAUCUCCAAUGACGAUAUGUGUUCAGUCGAUCGCUGAAGCAUGUGCACAAUCCUUCGUGAUUCAAAGAAGAACAUGCAGUGGAUUUGAAGUUUACAAUUUGCGUCAAGCUCCUGUCCACCGGGCUGUGUAUUGUUUAGUGGCAAGCUCUGGAGCACCUCCAGAAUUUGAUGAAAAACCAACAAUUAGUUUUGAAUUAUUUGACAAACAUAAUUCAAGUGAACUAUUGUCCUUUUGCAACUUUACCCGUUCUUCUGACAACCUGUUCUACAAGACCAUCUGGUAUGUGGCAGGAGCACCUAUUUACACAUUCGAACCCCAACAGUGGAGCUCUGAUGACUUUGACUACAUUGCCAGCCGGAUGUUGACAGAACAAUUGCUGCAGCAGAAAGGGGUUGAAAAGGCUGGAUUUUAUCUACGAUGUGCUGUUCAGGCUAUGUACAAUCCUGGUGAAACAACAUCUAGCGGGGGAAUUAUCAGAAGCAAAGUUUGUAGGCGUGAAAAUCCAUCAGGGUUACAAUCUACAACCACUGCAUGAAGGUGAAAGACGUAAAUUAUAUCUAGAACUUACUGUGCCUUUCGGCUGUGGCACUAUUAUCAAGGGCUUGAAACUCGGAUGUGACUUUCACAUCAAUGUGGUGAGAGUGGAAAACACAGGAGAUAAAAUGCUUGCUUCGGUAAUUGAAAACUCAUGCUCUAUUACCCCAAUAAAUUCAACUCAAAGAAGGCGAAUAACAUCGGUGACUGUCGUUGGCAAAAUUACACCUUCAUAUGGGGAGGAGACUGCAAUAACACAUCUGAAGUUAAAAACACCCAGCAACUCAUACACAUUAUCUCCUUUCUGGACUGACUAUGAAAUUGGAGUUGUUACGUUCCAACUGGUUAAAAAUACAACUCUGUUUCAAAGUAAACGAUGUUUCUCAAGAAAUGACCCUCAUAUUGGAACAUUUAAUAACAGGAGGUUUUACCUUAACGACUCAGAUGUUUACACAUUAUACACAGACUUCAAGAACACUGAGGUAC